CACCUGCCUUCACGUCAUCGUUCUCAUCAGUAUCACCGGCACCUCACUCUUUCUCUCUCUUUCUUUCUCUCUUUCUCUUCUCUCUCGUGAUGAUGUAAAUAGAUUUUUACUGGUCAAGUCCAAGAGCUAAGAAAAAGGAUGGAAAUCAACCUCUAUGGAGUCUACUUGUUUCUUCUCAUAAGACCAUAGUUCACACUUCUUUCUUGCUUCACAAACUUCAACUCAAGAUUCGCAUCCUUCGCAAAAAAGAUGAGUUCAGCGGUUCUUGUAGCCGUCGCCGCCGCGAUCGGUAACUUACUUCAAGGAUGGGAUAACGCUACAAUAGCCGGAGCUCUACUUUACAUAAAGAGAGAGUUUAAUUUAGAAGGUGAACCGACCAUGGAAGGACUUAUUGUGGCCAUGUCACUAAUUGGUGCUACAUUAGUAACGACUUGUUCUGGUGGAAUUGCAGAUUGGCUUGGUCGACGUCCUAUGCUUAUAAUCUCAUCAAUUCUUUACUUUCUUAGUGGCAUUGUAAUGUUAUGGUCUCCAAACGUUUAUAUUUUAUUGUUCGGUAGGCUUUUAGAUGGGUUUGGAAUUGGUCUGGCUGUUACACUUGUUCCCAUCUAUAUAUCAGAAACAGCACCACCUGAAAUUAGGGGUUCACUCAAUACCUUACCCCAGUUUACUGGAUCUGGUGGGAUGUUUCUGUCUUAUUGUAUGGUAUUUGGUAUGUCGUUGAUGGAAUCGCCUAACUGGAGGUUGAUGCUUGGGGUUCUUUCUAUUCCUUCUGUUAUUUACAUUGUUUUAACCAUAUUUUACUUACCGGAGUCACCUAGGUGGCUUGUGAGUAAAGGGCGUAUGAGUGAGGCUAAGCAGGUGUUGCAGAAACUACGAGGAAGGGAAGAUGUUGCAGGUGAAUUGGCUUUACUGGUUGAAGGUCUUGGAGUAGGUGUUGACACAUCAAUAGAGGAAUACAUAAUUUCCCCAGUAGAUGAAUUUACUGACGACCAUGAUCCUAAUGCUGAAAAGGAACAAAUCAGGUUAUAUGGACCUGAAGAUGGUCUCAGUUGGGUAGCUCGGCCAGUCCAAGGACAGAGUAUGCUUGGUUUGGCUUCACGCCAAGGAAGCGUUGUGAGUCAGACUGUGCCCCUUAUGGACCCAAUAGUCACCCUAUUUGGCAGUGUUCAUGAGAAACUUCCAGGAGGUGGAAGCAAAGGAAGCAUGUUUUUCCCCCACUUCGGAAGCAUGUUUAGUGUCGCAGGAAAUCAAACUAAGGAUGAAGAAUGGGAUGAGGAGAGCCUUGCUAGAGAAGGAGAGGAUUAUGCAUCUGACACUCAGGCUGACGAUGAUAAUUUACAUACACCAUUAAUGUCACGCCAAACAACUAGUUUGGAGGGCGAAUUAGUUCCUCCUACUUCCCAUGGAAGUAUUUUGAGCAUGAGACGCGAUAGUCUGACGCAAGGAAAUGCCAGGGAACCAUCGAAUAGCAUGGAGAUUGGUGGGGGUUGGCAGCUGGCAUGGCAAUGGGCUGAGAGAGAUGGUCAAGAUGGAAAGAAGGAAGGAGGGUUUAAAAGAGUUUAUUUGCAUCAGGAGGCUAUGCCUGGAUCCAGGCGAGGAUCGUUGAUUUCCAUUUCUGGGGUAGAUGGCCCAGCAGAGAGUGAAGUCUUCCAAGCUUCUGCUUUGGUUAGUCAACCGGCACUUUUCUCUAAGGAGCUGAUGGAACAACGCUCAGUUGGACCUGCUAUGAUACACCCAUCUGAAGCUGCUGUAAGAAGACCAGGUUGGAGUGAUCUUUUUGAGCCAGGAGUCAAGCGUGCAUUGGUUGUUGGUAUUGGAAUCCAAAUACUUCAACAGUUCUCAGGUAUUAAUGGAGUUCUCUACUAUACUCCGCAAAUUCUGGAAAAGGCCGGAGUUGGAGUUCUUCUCUCAAGUAUGGGCCUUAGUUCUGCUUCCACUUCUCUGCUUAUCAGUACUAUCACAACCUUAUUAAUGCUUCCCUGCAUCGCUGUCGCUAUGAGACUUAUGGAUAUCUCUGGAAGAAGAACCUUGUUGCUCACCACAAUCCCAGUUCUGAUAUUGACCCUCAUCAUUCUAGUAGCCGGAAGUCUAAUCAACAUGGGUGAUGUUGCCAACGCAGCUAUAUCUACUAUCAGUGUCGUGGUCUACUUCUGCUGUUUCGUCAUGGGAUUCGGCCCUAUACCCAACAUCCUAUGUUCGGAAAUCUUCCCAACUCGGGUUCGUGGGCUCUGCAUCGCGAUUUGCGCGCUCACGUUUUGGAUCGGAGACAUAAUUGUCACCUACACUCUCCCUGUCAUGCUGACAUCUGUCGGUUUAUCAGGAGUUUUCGGAAUGUAUGCUGUCGUAUGCAUCAUUUCGUGGGUAUUUGUCUUCCUGAAGGUUCCGGAAACCAAAGGCAUGCCUCUUGAAGUUAUUACUGAGUUCUUUUCUGUUGGUGCUAGGCAAUCAGUUGCUGUCCAUACCAAUUGAUUGAUUCAGUAAGAGAUGGAAAUAGUGUUUUAUCUCUGUUGUUGUGUAUGAUUUAAGUUUUGUACUGUUUAUUUCCACGUUCUGUUUUCCAUUCAUGUUGUUGUAAGAUAUCUUGUUAGGUUUAGCCAUGAAAAGCUAUCUAUCAUAAUACUGUUCAGUCCCUGGUUCUUUUUAUGCCUUAUUUCAAAUUCUGUGUUUUGAUUGGAUGAACUGAUUUUAUUUUAUUUAUUUAUUUAUUCAUAAA